CGAUUUUUGUUAGAUUUUUUUUUUCCCUCUUGGAGUUGCUACGGAUGGUAUAGACGUGUAAGGUUCGGAAGGUGUAGUGUGUUGGCAAGAAGUAAAACAAUUUGGUAUAUACGUUGCAGAACCAGCAGCUCCUCUGAACCACUGCAGCUAUGUCAUUCCUUCCUAAGCUGUUCAAGUAUAUUGAAGAGCACCAGGAUCUCUAUGUCAAGAAAUUGGCAGAAUGGGUGGCAAUACGGAGUGUGUCUUCAGAACCAGAAAGGAGGUCUGAAACUGAACGAAUGAUGAAGGUUGCAGCAAAGGAGAUUGAACGUCUAGGUGGAACAGUGGAACUUGUGGACAUUGGUAAACAAAAGCUUAGUGAUGGCACAGAAAUUCCUCUUCCUCCUGUCAUCCUUGGACACCUGGGCUCUGAUCCUGGCAAGAAAACAGUGUGCAUCUACGGACACCUGGAUGUGCAGCCAGCUAAGUUAGAAGAUGGUUGGGACAGUGAGCCCUUCACUUUGGUUGAAAGAGAUGGAAAACUGUAUGGAAGAGGUUCCACUGAUGACAAGGGUCCAGUAUUAGCAUGGUUGAACUGCAUUGAAGCCUUUCAGCAGAUUAAACAGGAAUUACCAAUCAACAUCAAGUUUUGCUUGGAAGGAAUGGAAGAGUCUGGGUCUGAAGGUCUCGAUGAGCUUGUGUUCUCUCGCAGCAAGACUUUUUUGAAAGAUGUUGAUUAUGUCUGCAUUUCAGACAAUUACUGGCUAGGCAAAAAUAAGCCGUGUAUAACCUACGGACUGAGAGGCAUUACUUACUUCUAUUUGACGGUGGAAUGUUGUGACAAGGACCUUCACUCAGGAGUGUUUGGCGGCUCAGUACAUGAAGCCAUGAGGGACCUAAUUGCAUUAAUGGACAGCUUAGUGGAUUACAAAGGAAAAAUCCUUGUCAAAGGAAUCUAUGAUUCUGUGGCACCACUUUCAGAAGAGGAAAAGAAGUUGUAUACAAAGAUUGACUUUGACAUGCAAGAAUUCACUAAAGACAUUGGAGCUACGCGACUGCUACACAGUACAAAGGAACAAGUGCUGAUGCACCGAUGGAGAUAUCCCUCUCUCUCUCUUCAUGGAAUUGAAGGAGCAUUUUAUGAUUCUGGUUCCAAAACAGUUAUACCUAGGAAAGUAAUUGGAAAGUUUUCUAUCCGGUUAGUCCCUGACAUGGAUCCAAAGGUUGUGGAAAAACAGGUUACUGAACAUCUAACAAAAAAGUUUGCUGAACUAGAGAGUCCCAAUAAUAUGAAGGUAGAAAUGGGCCAUGGUGCCAAAGCAUGGGUAUCUGACUUUAACCAUCCACACUAUAUGGCUGGCAGAAAGGCCAUGAAAACAGUGUUUAAUGUUGAACCUGAUCUGACAAGAGAAGGAGGGAGCAUUCCAGUAACUCUGACCUUUGAGGAAGCUACAGGCAAGAAUGUGAUGCUCUUGCCUAUUGGAGCAGCAGAUGACGGUGCUCAUUCACAGAAUGAAAAACUCAACAGGUCCAAUUAUAUUCAAGGGAUCAAGUUAUUAGCAGCUUACUUCCAUGAAGUUUCUGUUCUCGAAUAACAUGAAAGAAAUACCUGAAGAGAUGCUUAUCAGUUAAUUCGAACUCUUAAGUAAAUAAUAUUACAUAUCUUGCAAACCCAUCAAGCAAAGUAGCCAGUGUCUGUUGAAGGACAUUAUGCAAAAUCAUGUGACAAUAAAUCAUUUUUUUCCAGAUAA